AUGUACGAUCGCGAAACGGGCCAGGUAUACCGAGAGACCGUCGUGUCCGGUGCGCCGCGGGGGGCCGAAGCCGACUGGGCGCGACACGUCGAUCUGCCAUCCUGGAGGGGUCGUUCCGGCCGAGGCGUCCAGGGCCCCAGGUCCCUCGCCGACAUGGCCAUGCAUACUGUGGCCGAGAACAUCGGCUCUCUCUCUGACGACCAUCUCGGGCGGCACGUCUUGCCUGCGAGGAUUCUGUGGAGGAUCUGGCAUCUGUUGGAGAACCGCGGCGUCUGCUUCCAAGCAUGGAAGACCUUCUCCAAGCUCCUCCUCGCCGAGGACGAGGACAAGACGCUCGACCUCUACCGCUUCCGCCACCACAUCUGCCGGCCGUCCCAGGACCUCGCGCGCUACCUGCAGCCUCUGCAGUCCACGUCGGUCGACUUCCUGUGCCACCUCAGCAUCAACGGGCGGUGCGCCUUUGACACGAGCGAGCUCCUCGCGCUCGCCUCGCUGCGCAACCUCGCCGCCCUCGAGAUCAUCCAGCCCGCCGAUGCCGCGGCGCGCGCCAGCUUCCCCCGCGUCAGCGACCGCCUCGUGCGCUCGUGGUCCGAGGCCGCGGCCCCCUUUCCGCGGCUGCGCGUCCUGCGCCUCUGGGGCGACGACGCCGUCUCGCAGCACUCGCUGCCCUACCUCGCCCGCUUCCCCGCCCUGCGCCUCUACGACGUCCACGGCGCCCGCAGCGACUGGCCCGCCGCCGACGUCCUGGCCCAGCACCACGGCUGGACCGUCGGCGCCCCGCUCCACGGCCUGCAGGACUCGCUGCUGUGGUACCUCAUGCUGUUCGCGCCGCUCGACGAGGACGGGCGGACCACGCACGGCGGACCCGGCGUCACGCUGAAGGAGCUCGCGCGCGGCAUCGACGAGGGCCUCGUGAGCUUCGGCCAGAACGCGAGCCAGCCGCUCCGCUUCGCCGCCGAGCCGCCGCCGCCGUUCCUCGACGUCCUCAGCGACUCGGCGCGCGCGAACCGGUCGCUCUAUCUGGAUGCGCCGUCCUAUGACCUGCAGACCUGCAAGCGGUUUCCCUUUGAGACGUGGGCGUUUUUUCUCUGCGCCUUUCUCGAGCAGCAGGACCGGGCGCGAGUGGAAGCCGAGCGGCGGGACGAGUCCUCCGACAAGCAGCCCAGCCAGGAAAAGUCCUCAGACAGGCAGCUCAGGCAGGAAAAUUCCUCAGACAGGCAGCUCAGGCAGGACAAAUCCUCAGACAGGCAGCCAAGGCAGGGCAAAUCCUCGGACAAGCAGCCCAAGCAGGACAGUUCCCCAGACGAGCAGCCCAAGCACGCCCUGUCGGGCAACCUGCUGCUCCCCCCCAAGCCAAUGGCCUGCCUGCAGCUCGGCCACAGCGACAGGGCCGGCAUCUCGCCCGCCGUGGCCUAUGUCAGCCGCGGGCUGUUCGCCACGUCGCGCUACACGUUCUACCGCACGGGGGAGGCUGCCGCCGCCGUCGCGGGCGAGGGCAAAACCACGAGCAAGCGGCACCAGGAGGCGGCGGGGUUCAUGAAGCCCAGGGCCCAAACCUCGACGGUGGAGACGGGCUUGCCGCUGCGGCGGAGGAAGCGCAUGCGCAUGGACGAGCUGUUGGAGUCGUUCAUGAGGUCGUGA